CGGUAACUCUGAUAGACUUGCAGGUCGUGAACACCAUAACAAGCGUCGAACGUCGUAGGCUAGACAGAAAUUUGAACCAAGACCAAGGGUGUCUCGCAUCUUCACAGUUUAGACCGUUUGGUUUUUAAAAAAUUCAGGACCAGAAAAAAAAAAAGGUUGGAUGUUGCAGAGAAACAUGACAUAAAACCAUGGCUAAAAAUACAGAAGUGUGGGUCAAUGAUAAACUCCAUGAUAUAUUGGGCAUCUCAGAUACCUACAUAGCCCAAUAUUUUGUUGGCCUUGCUAAGAAGUCGGACACAUCUGCAGAGUUGGUGGAGAGGCUGAAAGACACUGGAACAGUUGAAGUAGAUGACAGUCUCAUCGCCUUUGCUAGGGAGUUAUUUGACAAG